AUGAUGAAAAAUGUAUUUUUUAUCGCCUGUUUCUCAUCAAGCUCACAAGUCAGCAUCGAAUGUGACUACAGCACUUACACAUAUGAAGUUCUCGGCAAUACUUACCGAUGUAAUGUCAAAAAUUCUCCAAAUGUCAUAAAUUCAGAGACAGCUCUAAUUACUUCAACUUAUGGAGUCCAUCAGAGUGGGAAAAGUAACAAUGACGUGAUUGGAUUCCAUGUAGCUGGAAACAACUUCCAAUAUUUCCCACAAGGCUUAGAAAAAAACUUCAAAAACAUCAAAUUAAUUUACAUGUUCAGGUGCAAGUUGACAGAAAUUCAUCAAGCUGAGUUAAAGCCAUUCCCAAAUUUAGUUUACAUUUACUUAUUUGCGAAUCUAAUUGAAGUCAUUGAGCCUGGAUUGUUUGAUUUUAAUCCUAAUUUGGAAUACAUCAGCAUUGGUGACAACAAAAUUGCUCAUAUUGACGCCAAUGUCUUUAAUGGACUUACUAUGCUGUGGCAUUUACAUCUCAAUUCUGUUCCUUGUUAUGAUAAAUAUACUUGCACGUAUUCACAUACUCAAGACUUUAUAAGAGAAUUGAUAACAAAUCUACAACCUCAAAUCACAAGCGUUGCUUCAAAAACUUGCAUCAACUGCUGUCCAAUCGACCAACUUACAACCUUCGAUAUGCAAAUUGGAAACUUAAGUGCCACUUUAGCUACUUUUAAGCCAUUCCAAGAUGUUAUGGACAGCCAACUGAGUGGAAUCACAUCAAAAAUCAGUGAAUAUGGAUCAAAAUUUAAUGAUGUUCUGGUAGCUCAUGAAAGCAUUAAUUCUCGUUUGGCAGACUUUGAGGUUAAGACGAAUAAAAAAUUUGAGGAAAUCAAGCAAGACUUGGCAAGCACACGUCAUAAAAUGGCAGUUAAUUUUGAUGAGAAGAUCAAAGGCAUUGAAAAAAGAUUGAUUAAGAAGAUUGAGGAUAUUUUGGACGAAAAAUUGGGAAGAAUUCUGGAUGAGAAGCUUGGAAUUUUAAUUGAGGCUAAAUCAGCUACAGCAUAG